UGCGAGGGGGUGGAGCCAACGCUGAGGGGAAAAUGGCGGGAAGGCGCCCCAAAAAUCGGCAUUCCCGAUGGAGACCGACCCCAAAACCCGCGGGAAUCCCCAAAAAAAGGGGGGAAAGGAGGAGGAAGAGGAGGGAGGAGUGGCCCUGAAGAAGGAGAUCGGGCUCCUCAGCGCCUGCGGGAUCAUCGUGGGGAACAUCAUCGGCUCGGGGAUCUUCGUGGCGCCGCGCGGCGUCCUGGCGCACGCGGGGGCCGUGGGCCCCGCCCUGCUCGUCUGGGGCCUCUCGGGCGCCCUCACCGCCCUGGGCGCGCUCUGCUACGCCGAGCUGGGCGUGGCCCUGCCCCGCCCCGGCGGCGACUACGCCUACGUGGGACACGCCUUCGGGCCCCUCGUCGGAUUCCUGCGCCUGUGGAUCUCGGUGCUGGUGAUUUACCCGACCAACCAGGCCGUGAUCGCCCUGACCUUCGCCAACUACGUCCUGCAGCCCCUGUUCCCCACCUGUGGCACCCCCGAGGCCGCCCUCAGGAUCCUGGCUGCCGCCUGCCUGCGUGAGUCCUGCCCAAAAUCCCGAAUUUUGGGCGUUUCCCAAAAAAAAUCCGGGGAAAAACGGUGAAAAAAUGAGGAAAAA